GCAAGUGGCAAACUCUUUCUGUAUUGACGCUUGAUGCGCUGCCCUGUGCGUAAGUAGUCCCAAGUGUGAGUGCGAUGCUACACGUCAUAUAUCUAUGGACAGUGGGUGCUCAUCUACCGCCAUGAAUCCCGAUGCCGGGGGACCUGCCUAUCUGGUCGACCACCGGCUCAGGCGUCAGGCGUUCAAAGCAUACCAAUCUAGGCCAGCACAUUUGAAUUCUAUAACCUAAAUGUGCGAUCUCAAUGUUGCCGAGCGGGAGGGCGGAGUGGGAGCCAAAUGUACAUAUGUAUUCGGCCGCGAAGAACACCGAGUCGCCCCUGCCCGGGGCCGGGUGGUUGUCGUCAUGAGCUCUGGACGGAUGGGGAAGGAUCGCCACCGUUCCUUCCUAGCUUACGCAAGAGAUCCGCGAUGUGCCUGUGGAAAGUCGCCGGACAACAUCUCGAAUUGUCAGGCGUCAUUACGCAGCGUAGAAGCUCUGUGCUUUCUUUCGAAGCUCGAGUGGGUGGUUGCUUUAUCCACUGCGCCAGACCAAAGCAGAUUGGAUCUCUGUGCUGCAGGCGAUUCCUCGAGCAUGCACACGCAAUCAGAGAACCUGGAGAACAAUUCGCGGGAAGACCUUGUGCAGAGAAGCACCUGGACCGCGCCAAGCGCGUCGGGAUUCGUGGGUCCACUAGCCAUAACCGUUGCGGGCGCAAAGGUUAUGCAAGCGACACAAAGUCGCGCCGCAUGGUGUUGGUAUCAGAGUCAGGCGGCCCGGGCUUCGGACUGCAGCGUUGCGGAAACGCGCCCGCAUCCUAACCAAUUACGAUGGAAGCUUUCCGGUUUCUUACUGGUCAAAGUGGAGCCGCCCAAUGCCUCCUUUCAAACGUUAGGCUCUCGGGGAGGACGUGAGGCUGCAUUCUAUCGCGGCGGAUGCUUUGGUUCCAUAUCGGCAAUCACAAUCCAGACAACAAUUGGCCGAGUGGCAGCUGUCACACUUGAAUUAGAUCGCUCUCGUCGGAUCGUUAUCUGGGCAACAGCCAGUGGUCCUAACCCUCCCCCACAGGGCCAAAGAGACUGA